GAAACAUACAGGUUAUGUUUUGCCAUUUGUUUAUUAUUUUGUUUCCCACUUGGUUCCUGAAAGUUAAACAAAGUGUAUAAUAAAUAUUGUAAAUAAAAGCUAAUAAUGGAUGCUCAUCAGAAGAAUAUCCUAAAACUUAGCCUUUUAGAUAAGUUAAAAAUAAUAAACCAAAACCAGACAAUAAACAACAUUACUCUGGGACCCCAUUCCAUUAAGAAUCUCAGUUUGAACUCCACCCCCAAUUAUAAAACGCCUACAAAAAAUGAAGAAAAACCGCUCAAGAAGAAAACCCAAAGAUCUCCGGUUCCCGUAAGUAGCCGCGAUACUGCCAAAAAGGAAUUUUUUAAUGUUCUGGAAUUAGAGAGACAAAAAGGGGUGGAAAAAUCUAUUAAUGAUAGACUUAAGGUUUUUAAGGAAUUUAAUGAAAGCCAAAAUGAAAAGGCUAAGGAAGCAUGGGUUCAAAUUCAACAAGGUUUUAUAUCAGACAUGGAAGAGCAAACAAAUAAGAUAAUGGAGGAAAAUUCAAAAUUUCACUUAAAACAAUCAGCACAACAAGCUAAAAUGGACCAGUUAACUCAAAGUGCAAUUAAAAGGCUUCGAGAUAAAGCCGAAAUGAUCAAGGAAAAAGAAAAAGAAAGACAAAUUUUAUCUGAAUAUGUUAACAAAAUCAAGACAAAUCAGCAAAAGUUUGGAGUUGAGUUUCAACAGAUUCUUGGGCUCUUAAAAGCCUGCUCUGACAAUGCUGAGCUAAAAAACUCCAAGCAGCUAGACUUUAGCCUACUAAAGACUUUACCAACUGAAGUUGAAGCCCUUAUCGAGAAAUGUAAACCUGAAAAUGUUAUGAGUGUUAAUGAAGGUGAUGUAAAAAAAUCUGAAGAAAUUAUAAAUAAAAUGGUUGAUUUUAAAGCCAAAUUUAAAAGUGAAGUGGAGGCCAUUAAUGAAAAAAUUAAAGCUGCACAGGUUAAAGCGGAAGAAGCAAAGAAAGUCCCACCUAAGCCAGUCAAUAUUCCCAAACCAGUUAUGCCUGUAAUAAGCACUGCCACAACAGCAGAACCUAAUGCUACAAAGGCCAACAUACAAGAAAACAUAAACAAGCUGAGUAAAUAUGUUAGCAUGGGUGACUUAGAGGCUUACACAGAACUUAUUGCUUUUCAUGAACAGUUUAAAAAAAGUUAUGAUAGUGUGGAAAAUGAUCCUGCUUUGAAAAAUUUCCGAUUUGACCUCAAAAAAGCUGUAAAUAUUCCGGUAAAUAGUUUAUCUGGGGUCAAUGCUGGACACAUUCUAGAUAAAUACAGUAAACUUCACAGGUUGCUAUCAGGCCAAUCAGUUCUAGUAAGCAACAAAGAAGUAAAUGCUUCAAGGCACCCCCAAGGCGUUAAUUUUUGCAUGGAUAUUUUGGCCAGGCAGUUUGUAAAACAAGGAGAUUUAAUGGUAUCAAGCAAUCCAGAGUCAGCAUUUUGUUAUGCAUCAGUCAUACUGUCAUUAUGGAAUGAUUUUCCAGUCUUUGGAAGGCUUAUCCUUGCCAAUUUUUACAGUACAUGCCCCUAUUUGGUUCCCUACUACAUACCAAGACAGGUUGGAGAGAGUGAUGAAGAGUUUUAUAGAAAAUUAGGAUACCUUUAUAGUGAUGGAGAGGUGGAAAAACAGGAUAAGUUUCUAAAAAGAAUGACUGGUACUAUGAGACUAUUUUUCACCCUAAUGAUAGCCAAGCCAAAAAGAGGACAAAGCACAUCCCCAAUGGAUUUGAGAAAUGCUUGGAAGUGGCUGGCAACGUUUUUAAAGCUUGAGCCUCAGCUUGAUAUCACUGCAACAGCUCUACAUGUAUUUCUAGAAUCUCUAGGACUCCAAAUGGAUCAGAAAUAUAGAAGAAUGUUUCAGAAAGUUUUAAGUGCUAUCAUACAAGUAUUUCUACCAAAGUGUAAAGCUGUCAAAUGUACAGGAGGUGCUGUGACAAGGGUGGAGUUACUGUUGACCAAAUAUAUAGAAAAUAAGACUUUUGAAAAGCCACAAGGUUAUACAGAUUUUUCAUUGUGGUGAAAAAAAAUACAUUUUAUAUUUCUGUGUAUUUGUGAUUUAAUGUUUAUUGUCAUUUGUAUAUGCGGUGCAAGUAUAAAUAAUGUUUAGUAUUGUGUUUGUAUAUUCAGAAAAACAAGUUAGUGACUAGAUGAAAAUAGUAGACUUAUGGAAGUAUACUUUAUUAAAAUCGCAAAUUAUAUGUAAUUAAAAGACUAUGAUUAAUUUAGUUCUUGAAAUAAACUUUUUAUUUUUUU